AAUAGCAAAAAGAAGGAGGAGCUGCCUACCGUAUAAAAAUAUAUAGCCGUCCCUUGUAAUCCGGUUUAGCUCUCACUGUUCAGCGACAUCUCAAAGUCUCCACUUCGCUUUCAUCUUCACACAAUUUCGCGCAGCCCCUAAUUUAACAAUCAGCAAAGAUGACCUCGUGCUCGUUUUUGAUUAAGUGCUUCAUGAUGGUCUGCAUCCUACUGGCCGGCGUUUACUCAAAACCAACCAGCGAAGCUAUUGUCGGCUCUCCGCACCUGUUUCACGAAUACGAUUUUGCCGUGGAUCCUUACAAAAGCAGCCAACUCUCACCGGCAUUCCAGGCAGCCAACGGACCUCGUGGGUCCAAACUGAUUGCAUAUUUCGGCACCGGUGGACUUCGAUCAGUGGAGAGACCAGCCAGACCUGCUUACCACCACAACUAAGCUGUCCAAAACGAAUGAAAACAUUCCCUGUACAUAUUCAAGCACGAGUAGAUCAUACACGACAAUUUUAUUCUCUUA